CUCAUUUCUCCGAUUCCAUGGCUCCUUCAUUCGCUAGCGCUCCAGUCCAAUAUGCCCAGUGGACCCGCGAUCGCUCUCCGGAUACAAGCGUGCCUGGUCCACGAUCGUCAUUUUUCAUUUUCAUUUAAUUUUGCUUUUUUUUUCUGCUCUUUUUUUCCGACACCAACUAGGGACCGCGCCGGCGUAAUUAGCCCAGUCAAUCCAUCCAAUCGUAGUAAUCUCCUUCCCUUCCUCCCCCCUCACUCCCCUGUCGCUCUUUUUCCAUUCAAACAGGACAUUCAAGCAUUUCCAUACGAUUGUCAUACUCUACUGGACUGCAUGUACGGAGUACUAGCGACCUGCAGUAGUACCGUUCCCCUGCGCCAGUCCCGCGGUAUACAAUUGCCAUUGUUGUACUCUGGACUCUGUGCGAAGUACUCUGCGCCAUCUCGACUAGCAUACGACACGGUUUCUUCCCAGAAACCUUCCAGUGCUACAUCGUAUUUCUAGGAGUACUCCAUCCCCUUAAGUACUCCAUACUUUCGGCGUAUUGGCAGUAUACUUCUCGUACAGACCUGACACUUGACUAUCUCCGCCUUGGAACCCACCACCUUUGCACCUUUUCAACCUUUCCUUCCUAGGCUUGGACUUGGACGUCUGUUGCCUUUGUUGGAACUCGCUCCUUUACACUCUGCCUUACUCUUUAAUGAUUUUUUUAUUUUUUUAUUUUUAGACUUUGGGGCGUCUCGCUUUUUUUCUCCCCUAGAGAGUCGCCUCUCGUGCUUUCUUUCUCCUCCUUUCCCUCCCCCCCCCCCACCUUACCAUCUCCUCUUUGGCCUUCUGGGAGAACCCUCCCCCCCCAUGUGGAAACCUCGACUCUCGCCCAGAUCGGAGUCUAAAUCUGGGAGCGAUUCGAAUCAUCUUCAUCUAUCUGAAAUUGGGUUCCUAGGGCGAUCCAGGAAGAAGAGUCUCGCGCACUCGUCAUCGUCCGAAUUUCAAUCGCGGCCAGAUACAUCCUCCCGCUCCACGUUUCGCUCCUUUCGCUCCUUUCGCAGCAAGUCAGAUCGCCCCGAGAGUAGUGCCUCCAACUACACAGACGCCUCCCGCCCAACUACUCGCCCACGAGCCCCCUCAGCUCUAGCCGACUCUAUACACUCUGCCCACCCGGAGCCCGCCUGGCAAUCGGCGCACGCGAAUCGCGUCUCUUUUAAUUCUCGCUCGGGCAAUUCUUUGGCUGGUGCAAUGGAGGUCGAUCGUACCCGGACAAGGAGGGAGAGAACCUUCAUCGGUAGCGAAUGUGCUGUCUGCGAGGAGCCGCUCGAGCAUACCCUGCGUGGAGAGCGGGUCCUUCAGUUCUCGUGCAGCCAUGUCUCCCACGAGGCCUGCUUCUACGAGUUUAUUCGGGAAUUUGAGUCGCAAUAUUGCCCGACAUGCAAUGCUCCUUUGGGAUUGGAUACGAGUCGAGGUGGAAACGUAUUAGAUAUCGAAAAGAUCAGCAACAUUGUGCGCUCGGUAACUAUGAGCGAUACGGCCACAACAAGGAGUGGCCUGACCACCCCGACCCCGUGGGAACAAUCGUCAAGUCGGCGACCGCCUAGCGAUACCGGCAGCCGGCACAACAACGCACAAUCCACCUACAGCCGACGGGAUAGUCGCGACACCACUGGCCAGCGGGAACGCGUCGAACGGCUAACUGCUGGCGCAGCGUCAGCUAUUUCUGACCCCCGUCAGCGUCAACCCCACUCCCGAAAUGGCAGUGCGGCCGGCUCCUCGGGCGACUACCACGACGGUCAGCAUACGAGCAGCGGGCGACGUCACGACUACGAUGUACAGGCUAUGGAAUCAGACUUAAGUCCUCGCCCCGGUGUCACAAAGAACCCUAUUCCGGCACCGAUCGUCACCGUGCGGAGCGAGUUCCCUACGAUGAAUCGAUCCCGCCAACAGCAAACCCUGACAUGUCUGAUUACGGUGGAGGUACCCGAGGGCAAUUGGCGCCCAGAUGCGGACGACCUUCGAUACCCACCCUCGGGCCAAUCUCAGCUCGAUGAGCCGUAUACGGGGCGAUUUGGAGGCUCACAAGAUGCUCGGUCUAUUCAGUACGAGCCGGUGGAGAACCUGGAUGAGAUUGCCGAGGAUUUACGGAAUCGGGUCGACAAUUGGCAUGGCCUUGAGUUCCAACGGUUUGGCAAGUUGCGGCUGCAUGGGCAAAUGCGCGUGGGCAAGGACCGGGAAUCCUGGCAGGAAUUGGAGUGCUAUUUGUUCGCUGAGAUGCUUAUCUGUGUCAAGGAGAAGAAGAUUCCUGAGUCUCACCAAUAUGAUGAGAAGCGCAAGCCCACUCGCUGCACCCUCAAGGGUUCUAUCCUGAUCAAGAAGCACUUGAAGUCCAUCGAUGCCGGCUCCGAUGAACCUAUUCUCUCGCUUAACCUUUCAGUCAGCGAACUCCCCUGCUUCUACCUGCGUUUCCACAACCGUCAACAGCUGGAGACAUGGCACCGUGCGUUGACGAACUUGAACCCGGCGGAGAACGUGUCUCGACAACAUAACGAGUUUGAUUACGAGCACUUGGGCGCCGAGGAGGAGGACUAUCGGAACGGUCGUAUACAACGACAGGCAUCUCUCAACUCAUCCUAUGGUGCAGGAAAAUCGAAUAACACCGCCAUCACCGAUUAUACCAACCCCGAUACGGAGAAACCUUCUAUCGGUUCGUUCCACAUUCCCCUUGAUCUUGUCGUGGUCAUUCCAGUCUCUUCGUCGAUGCAGGGAUUGAAGAUUACGCUUCUGCGCGAUGCUCUGAAGUUCCUGGUACAGAAUCUGGGCUCGCGGGAUCGGAUGGGCUUGGUUACGUUCGGCUCGAGCGGUGGUGGUGUUCCUCUGGUGGGUAUGACCACCAAGUCUUGGAAUGGAUGGAACAAGGUUUUCGACUCAAUUCGUCCUGUCGGCCAAAAGAGCCUGCGCGCGGAUGUGGUGGAAGGUGCCAAUGUGGCCAUGGAUUUGCUCAUGCAGCGCAAAUUCACUAAUCCCGUCGCGACGAUCCUCCUGAUUAGCGACUCGUCUACCUCCGACCCCGAAAGUGUUGACUUUGUUGUCUCUCGCGCCGAGGCUGCCAAGGUCAGCAUCCACUCGUUCGGCCUGGGACUGACCCACAAGCCGGAUACUAUGAUCGAGCUCUCAACUCGCACCAAGGGAUCAUAUCUUUACGUUAAGGACUGGAUGAUGCUUCGGGAGUGUGUCGCGGGAUGCUUGGGUGCUAUUCAGACCACUUCUCACCAAAAUGUCAAGCUGAAGCUUCGUCUACCCGAGGGUUCACCGGCCAAGUUUGUUAAGAUCAGUGGGGCUCUUCACACGACGAAACGUGCGACUGGUCGGGACGCCGAGGCUGCAUUGGGAGAUCUUCGGUUCGGUGACAAGCGUGAUGUCUUGGUGCAGCUGGUCAUUCAGCCCGACAAUGCGACGCAAGACAACAUGCCCCAGGACCCAUGGGAGAGCUUGGUUUCUGGACUGGAAGCUCUUGGUGGAGGACUCGAUGGUGAUGAACAGCGUGUGCUGAGCGUCGAGGAGGUUCCCCUGAUUCAGGCUGACUUGACGUACGGCGAUCUUCUACGCGAUGGCCAUCUGACCCACUCGCCUCGUCCUUCGCUGCUCGCUAUCACUAUGCUCCCGCCCAACCCCAAAGCUCGGAACCAACGACCCUCUACCCCGCCUAUCCCCCCUCACCCGUCUAUCGUGCAGCGUCGUAUGGAGCUGCUUACAUCCGACAUGUUGACUAGGGCGCUUACUCUCGUCUCUCGCGGGCAACACGACCGUGGUCAACACCUGCUGCACGAGACUCGCAGUAUCCUCAAGGGUCUGGGCAAGGGCGGCUUACCUCCUCUGCCCCCGGCAGCCUCCCGGCCUUCCGGUACCAGUGACGCGGGCAGCCGAGGCGACACGCCAAUUUCGAGCUCCCCCAAGUCCUCUACUUUCGCAGAAAGCCAUGCUUCUUCCGCUUCCGAAACUGCUACUAUCACGCCAUCAUCUUCGAUCGACGCGCAGACUAUGAAUGCGCUCAACGCAGAUCUGGACUCUGCUCUCGAGUGGAUCAACCACCCUGCCGUCUUUGGUCGCGACUCUCGCAAGGCCGUGCUGCAGAGCAUCGGUGUGAUCUCCUCGCAGCGUGCUUAUACAUUCCGUACACCUUCGGAAGCACACUGGGCCCAGCGGAUCUCUGGUGUGCGCCGUCUGACGGACAAAUCCAAGGAUUGGCGAGAGAUGGGUGAUGAUGCUCUGACCGAAGAGUGAUGGCCUCUUCUUGCAAUACUCGAAGUCGACUUGCACCUCCCUCACUUGCCAUUCUUAUAUCUAAUUUACUUUUCAUGGUUCACACAUCAUUUUCCUCCCGGAGUCGGCUCAUGACAUGUUCCUUCUUGAUUUCUAUGCGUGCCCAUUUCCCCGACAUCAUACCAUCAUCAUUCCUGUUACCAGCCUAUCCCAUCGUUGACUCUUUUGUUUUAUUAGUCUUGUUUGUCCUUGUUCUGCUCUAUUGAUUUCCCCUAUGAUACCACUUUGUUCCCACCAUGACUGUGCAGCAUGAUACCAGGGGCUUUGUUUGCGAUGUGUUUCCGCUUCCGUCGAUCCCGUCUUACGUUUUCUCGUCUGUCUGGAUUUAUUGGAUUCCUGGACUUGUGCCUUUGGUUGGGCGUACAUCUGAUACAUGCUGUGUUUCUCUGCUAUUUGCCCCGGAAAUGGUCUCGGGUAUGGUGUGCGGAAGGAGCGGGGUUUUUUUACUUUGAAAGACUUUUCUGGAUUUUCUUUGUUGCUUGAGAUCUCUUUCCUGGGUGGAAUACUGUGCGCUUUUAUUCUGUUGGAUUUGGGUUCUAGGUUUUUUUCCCUCCUAUUUUGGCAUUGGCUGGAAAUAUUUGAUGACCCCUCUUGUCUGGAUCUGACUUGAUUUUGAUUGACCCUAUACUGACGUUUUCGGGCUGCACUAUGUUGAUAUAGCCUUUUCCAUAAUUUUAUUUGACCCCCCCUUGUGAAUAAUGACAAUGCAUAUGUUACAUAUUGAGAGUUUACUUUCAAAGAUAAUUCUAAUGAAUUAUAAUUCCUAUAAGUG